AUGCGCAUUAAAUCCUCCAUAACUCUCGUUGCCUGCCUCAUCGGCUAUCUUGGCCUGGUACUGGCAACUUCUGUUAAUCGCGUUGAUAGUAACAUGGUCUCCUCUCAACACACUCAUCGUCACCUCCCUGGCGGGUCAAUACACCGGCGCGAGGUAAAGCAACACGAGAGGCACAUUUCUCAAUCACCCAAUGGUCCCGUCUAUCGUUGCCACGACCCUCACCCCGAGUUAUUUGGUCCAGCACCGCCUGUCGAGGACUGCGACGACGUGAUUGCUCAGUUUGCCGGUCUUAAAGCGAAUAUCAAUCUUAAUCUUGUAGAAGGCUGCUACCAAAUCACGUCGGGCAAUUGCACUGGGCUGGUGUGCCCCCAGCGUGCAGGCGAGAGCAGUCACAUUCCGGGACUCCUCGCAGCCCAGUACAUGGCCUCACCAUUGCGCGACGAGUGCAUCGCCAAAGGACAGCGAGGAUGGUGGAUUGAUGGCAAGGGCUUGGGGAAUAAAGACGGAUGCUACACAUACGUACACAUGCAAAGGCCACGCGACGCCGAUCUCUUCGAAGACUUCUGCAAGGACAAGUUACCCGACGACGAGAUUUACGUACCCCCACACCACCAGCCCAUCAACCCCGAAGAUGAGGAUGACGUCGUGCCCGAUCAGCAUGCCGCCUUCGGCAUACAGAAGGCAACGCAGCGCAACAAGGAACCUGCCUGGAAAGACCUCAACCUUGCCGAGCUCAUGAAGAAGGGGCCGGCGCCGGGCCGUAUAGGCACUACAGUUAGUAAGAACCUGUACAAGGGAUUACCAAGAUGA